CGCCAGGAACCCAAACCUCCCUCUAUUUCUUUACUCUAAAAGCAGUAAACUAUCAUGCCUCUUUUCGGAACCAAGCAAGAGGAGCCUGCUCCCGUCGAGCCUCAACACAAGUCCUCCAUGUUCUCUCGCAGCAGCCGCGGCUCCAGCGACCUCGACCGGAGCAACACCACCCAGAGUAACGGUACGGGCAAGAGCAGCUUCUUUGCCCGCAGAAACCACAGCGAAGAGGAGGCCCUCGGCUCUGAUCCCAGUAUCAAGGGCGCAAGACAAAAAAUCAAAGAUGCGGAGGCGGCGGAGAGGCAGGCGGACGCAGCUUUGAUUGCGGCGAAGAACGCGGUGAAGGCUGCGAGAGACCACGCGCAAUUCCUCGAGAGGGAGGCGUUGGAGGAGGCACGACGCGCGAAGGCGAAGCAGAAGGAGGCUGCUUCAGUGACGAAGAGCACUCGUGGCCUCGGUAGGCACGGUGGCUGAAGGCUUCAUCUAUCCCUCACGGCUGCACGACACGCUAUGAAUCUUCGCGGACUUUAUUAUACCUUCGUCAGAUGUUCUCUUGUUGUACCCUAUACUUCUUUUUGCUGUGAAUCUUCUCAUACCUUAGCGUUGAUUUUGUUUUUAAUGCCGACUUCGCAUGUGGCGUCACUUCAAGUUUGUGCCUUCUCUCUGACUCUGUUUGUCGUCAUCCCUCGAGCCGCUUCGAGCCAGUAACAUGAAUUAGUUAUUUCCG